AUGACAUCACAUAAGAUCGGAGUCCUGGUCGCCAUCCCUAUCAAGGGCAGGAAGCUUGUCAACAGGACAGGGGGCAAACAGUCCCCCUAUGUCCAGCUCAAGCUCGGCGAGCAAAAGAAGCGCACCCGCGCAUCUCUUGUCGCUUCCGUUCGCGUCGAUGUAUUUCAGGACCAGCUGGACAUGAAGGUGUCUGUCUUUGACGAGGGCAAGAAGGGCGAGUUGGUGGGCGAUGGUGUCCUCCUUUUGAACGAGGUCAUCGACAAGGGCGAACUCGAUGUGUGGUUUCCUAUCAAGCACAACGGAACCGCCGCAGGAGAUAUCUACUUUGAGCUCACCUUUUACGCCGCGGCCCCUCCACCAGCUGCCGGCAGCACGCCACCCCCUGCAACCCCCCAGACUCAGAUCCAGACACCCCUCAGAUACAACCAGCCAGGAUUCCAGGGUGGCGCUCCAGGCAUCCACCCUUUGCCCCACACGCCCCCAGUUAGCGGGUUUGGUAGCCCAGCAGUAGGCCAUCUCGGUGGACCCCCAGCUCCCUAUGCUGGAAACGUGUACCACCCUCCCGGUCCUGGUGGUUAUGUGCCCAAUGCCUUCCCACAAGCCCAUCAGGCGCCCUUCACACCUCAGCAACCUGCCGCUCCCUUGCCCUUCGGUGGUCCUCCUGCUCCUGUCUCGGGUCCUGGAUUCAACCCUGCAUUCGGAAACAACAAUUCUCCAUUCCGUCCUCCGGGUGCUUUCCCUAACCCGGCCUCACCUCCCUUUGGACAGCCUGGACUCCCUGGACUCCCUGGAUCAGGACCUGGCCCUGUUGGCGGUUCUUUCCCCAUGCCUCAGCCCUCCUUCAACAGCGGACCUCCCAACAACAACUUUUCGCCAAACAACAGUAACAGUGGACCCAAGUUCCCAAGCAACGGACCCAACAACUUCCCAAAUAGCAACAACUACCCACCAAACAACAACAACAGCUUCUCACCGAACAACAACAAUGGAAGGUUCCCAAUGCCUCAGGGUCCGAGCCCUAACAUGAACAACGGACCAAGUUUCCCUCAAGGCCCUGGCGGUCCCAACAACAGCUUUGGUAACAACAAUGGUCCUCACAACAACUUCAACAGUGGACCCAACAACUUUGGCAACAACAGCGGACCUAACAAUUUUGGUAACAACGGACCCAACAACAACUUUGGCAACAACAACGGUCCCAACAACUUCAACAGUGGACCCAACAACUUCAACAACAACUUCAACAACAACAACAACAGCGGGCCCAACAACAACUUCAAUAACAACAUCAGACCCAACAACUUCAACAGCAACAACAGCAACAACGGCAUCAACAGCAACAUGCCAUCAGGGCCUUCAUCCGGGAACGGGCCAGUGACACCUCUGUUGCAGUACAACUACAAUCUUGGAGGCAGCUUCCCUUAA